ACCAGUUGCAAUUGGUUUCUUAGAGAGGGUCGUCGAUCGGUGCAACAGAAACCACCGGGCUGGUUUCUUCUCGUCGAUCUCGACUCGGGUGCCUGGCUGAUUCCCUGUAGCGAGAUAUUCACAUCUAUGAUAUCGGAUGGCGCCUGACGAUCCUGCAAAAAACAUCAAAUUUGUCCAAGAAAUUGAAAAAUACUCAUGUAUUUACAACCACACCCUUCAGGAGUAUUCAAGUAAGGAGGCUACGGAGAAUGCGUGGCAGAAGGUGGCGAAAGAAAUGGAAGAUACAGUGCCGAACUGCAAGGAGAAAUGGCGGAACCUACGUACGGUGUUCGUCCGGAAGAUGAAGCAGCCGCCUGGCCGUGGACCGUCUGGCAGGAAAAACGCCAAACCCUAUUACCUGAUGAGCGCUAUGCAGUUCAUCAUCCCGUACGUCAAGACUCAACUGCCAAACGUCUCUGGCAAUUACAUAUCUAAGGAGGAGGAGGAGGAAGAGGAGGCGGAGAAGGAAGACGCCUUUCGGUCGGAAUCAGAGGACGAGCUGCUUGGAGGUCACGUACCAGAAGACCUCGAGGUUCUCGACGGGGUAGGUCACCAAAGAGGGAAGAAGCUGCUGCCUUCUGUAAAUGCCGACGAAGACAAUGUCCCGCAAGACGCCGACGCCCUGCCGACCUCCGUGGACGGGGCAGCGGCAGAAGUAGGGGGAGGACUCCGACCCAAACCGCAGUUCCGCAGAAAGAGGAGAUUUCCUACCUGGGGCAACAUCGAUCAGUCGUACACAGACUUCGUCAGUAGGAAGAUGUCGAGAAUGUACGCUGACGAAGAUCCCCGAAGGCAGUUCCUCCUCAGCCUGCUUCCGGAUGUCCAUGAAAUGACGGAUGCUCAGAUGAGGAAGUUCAAGAAAUCAGUCAUGGAAGUUGUGGACACUAUUCUAAGUGAACCUGGUAAUAAUACUCAUGGCGAGACGACCUGCUCUGCUGCGCAUGCGCACGUUGUGGUUAAAUCACCCUCUCAAUAAAAAUAGUUCGCUCACAUAUGAACCUGUCAGCUGAACUCUCUUCAAAAUAGCAGGCAGAUCAAAAUGAUGCGAAUAAACUUCCUUCAGGUUGGAGAUGCUUAAAGACAUAUUAAGGAAACCGUAAGAAAGUGUCCUUGAAAUGUAGAUUCUUCCAGAUGCAGGUAUAUUAAAAAAUAGGUCAUUUGUA